GGUAGUUACAGUGAGCGGGUACCUAGCCAGCAGCCGGUAAUCAGCAGUAUUUGGCCAGGAGUCACUCGUUGAACACAGCUUCUUUGGAGUUCGUUUCGCGCGCUCGUGCACACCUACACGACUAGUAGAUGAAAAAUGGACUGAAUAGAUUUCAAAUAAUUUAUAUAGUGAAAAAAGUGAGGCCGUGUUUAAAUUUGUGUACGAAUCGGUAUUUAUACCAGAUAUAUAUUGAUAUCAAUGAAUGCAAAUCUUAAUGUAAAGGUUAAUUUCUGAACGAUGCUGUGAGUUGAAGUGUGAAGUAGACGAGUGACUCAACUACCGACAUGUACACCUACGAUUACUAUGAGAGCAGUACGGAUGGCUUCAUUCCGCAUUCCACGACGGAGUCACUCUACGGCACCGGUUCCUUAAUGAACGUCACCGGUCUGUACAAUGAGACCUCGGUGUGUGAGAAGAUCAUCAGGCCCGGGAGAAUGUUCGGCGUCGUGGUGAAGGUGGUGUACGCGAUAGGCAUCUUCGGUAACGCGGCGGCGAUCGUGGCUCUGAGACGCGGAGAGAGGAGAGUGAGGAACAGGAAACACUUACUGCUGCUCACCUCGUUGGCUGCCAACGAUCUGGUCGCCUUGAUGGGUAUGAUGUGUGCUAUGCUGGUGUCGGAGUGGUGGCCGGGAGCCAGCAGUACGCGUUGGUACUGCGGGGCGAGGGUCGUGCUGAGAGUGUUCGGGAUCGGCAGCGUGUGUAUCGCUGUCACCAUGGCCCUGGAGAGGUACCUCGCCCUCACCAGACCAUUCCUCUACCAAAAGCAAGUGACGUACUACGUGAUCCGCAUGACGCUGCUGGUGUCGUGGUUUUGGGCCGCCGCCCUGACCUGCGCCCCCGUGCUGGGCGUGGGGCUCUACUACGACCAGAGACACCACUGCUGUCCCCGGUAUAGAAACGCCACCAGCGGUGUCGACUUCGCCUAUGCUGUGUUCUAUGUUAUGUUCGGUACUCUGCUGUGUGCUGUGCUGGUAUACUGUAACCUGGCCGUGAUCCGCGCCCUGUACGCCAUCACGGCCCCCCGGGGCGGAGGGCCCCCGGCCGUGCGCCGCGUCUCCAAGAGCUCGUGCCGCCAGCGCAGCACCCAACCUCACCACAACGCGGCCACGGCGGAGGAGGUCGCUUUCAGCAGGCUCAUGGCUACACUCUCCGUCUUGUUCAUGAUCUGCUGGCUGCCGCAGAUGGUAACAUCAGCGUUGUACCUGUCCCUGGGUCCAUCGGCUCGUCCUCGUCUCCGGGUCUUGUCCGUUCUCUCCGACCUCCUCAUGCUGCUCAACUACGUGCUGGACCCCGUGCUGUACGUCCUCAUGAGACAGCGGAGACACAUCUCCAUCACCGCCCUGUGUCACUCCAUCGCGCAUUGUUUCAAGCGGAAUCAUAAGAACUCAACGGAGUCCAUGAAGACGUCAUGCUGCGUGCAGGACACGCUCGUGCUGAGUGAGAGCUCGGGGGCGGAGCUCCGGCCGCUGAGGGCUCCGGCUGUGCCUGUCGCCGUGCUCGUCCCCGAUGACUGAAUCAAACACACGGACAGACAACCUUCACUUUUAGAUCACAUUGAAACUGGAGGAAUGUUCUGUGCACAUUUAAAUAUUAAAUAUAUGUAGGAGACUUGUUGAGUUGAACUCUGUCAAUGAGUUACAUUUUUAAUGUGCUUCAUAAGUUCAUUCUGAUCUGUACAAAUGUAUAAUACAGAAAAUGUUUUAAUUUUAUAUUUUGACAAAUAAUUAUAUGAUAAGAAACAGCUUUACAGUAAAAGUUAAGAAUCACAAGACAUUUUAUAAAAUUCUAGUCUUACAAAUAUAACUCAAGGUUCUGAAACGGUUACAUAGACUGAUACACAAAAGUUUUUUUAUAAAUAAAAUAUAUAUCUGAAACAACAUGUGGACUGCAUCAGUUAUCAGAAUCGUUUAUUUAUAAGAAAAAUAUAUAUUUUUUAUAAAAGGACUGUCAAUUAUAAAAUAGGUCCUUGAACCAGCUUUACUCGAUGUUAUCUCUAUACUUUUAUAUUUGACGUAAGAUAAAAUGAUAUUAUAAUUGUAGCUAGCUAUGUAUAUCAAAAUAGGAUGUAAUUAGACUAGUCUCAAUGCACCUGUGUCUAGAAACAAAAUGUACUUAAAUAAUACGAUAAUAUAAUAUCUGGAAUGUAAAGUAAUAUAAUAAAGUUUAUUAGCUCCUUA